GCUGUCAGUAGUGAGUGUUCUGUGGCUGUCAGUUCCAUCGUGUUGUAUCAGUUCAACAAAUCGUGUUUUAUAAUAAUUGUCGUAUUUACUUUGUGUCUGUUAUCGUGUCGGUUAAAAACUAUUUUUUUUGAUAUCACUCAUAUCUCGCUUCAUCAAGUCAAUGUUAUACACAGUUCUCUUUAUACUUUAAAGUUUAGUGGUUUGUUAUAAUUAUACAAAAACCAGAUUUAUCGUAAAAAUGGGCAAAAAGAAAGGAAAAGGAAAACCCAAAGGGCAAACUCCAUCUGAUGACCAACCCCCACAGCCACAACCGGAACCCCAGCCCACGACCUCACAGCCGCAGCCGGAACCCCCACAACCUGAACCCCCAAAGGAACCAUCGGGCGACCAACCCCAGCAACAACAAUCCAAAAAGAAAAAGGGUAAAGCACAGCAAAAGGGCCCGCAAGGGGGACCGCCACAGCAGCCACAACAGCCUGUCCAACCCCAGCAACAACAACCGCCAGUGCAACCCCAACAACAACAACCGCCACCACAAUUUCCUCCUCAACAGCCACAGCCUCCACAACAGUUUGCUGCUCCGCAGCCACAACAACAAGCUUGGCGGCCCCCACAACAAGGACGGGGGCCUCAGCAGCAGCCGUGGGGGCCGCAACACCAGCAAGGUGUUCCUCCGCAGCGGUUUGCCCCACCUCAGCAGGGCCCGCCGGGCUUUGCGCCCCCUCAGCGAUUCCCGCCAGGGUUUCAGCAGCCGGUUCCUCCACAGGGACCUCCUGGGGUGCGACAUCAGAGUCCCGUGAGGCAGCCGCCGCCGGGGCAGUAUGGGGGCCCGCAGUACUGGCAGGCGCCGCAGCAGGCUAUGGGAUUUCAACAGCAACAACCAGGUCCUAGACCACAACAACAACAACAACCAGGUCCUAGACCUCAACAACCACAACAACAACCAGGUCCUAGACCUCAACAACCACAACAACAACCAGGUCCGAGGCCCCAACAACAACAACCAGGCCCCAGACCUCAACAACAGCAGCAGCAACCAGGUCCUAGACCACCACAACAACAACAACAACAACAACAACAACCAGGUCCUAGACCUCAACAACCACAACAACAACCAGGUCCGAGGCCUCAACAACAACAACCAGGCCCCAGACCUCAACAACCUGGUUUUCAUCAGCAACAACCCGGCCCCAGACCGCAGCAACAGCAGCCGCAAGGCCCUCCGCCCCAACAGCCGCAGCAGCCGCAAGGCCCCCGCCAGCCACCACCGGGCCGCCACCCACAGCAGUCGCAAACCCCCCCGCAACAACAGCAAAGAGGCGGCCCCUCCAGAAUGCCCCCCGAACAGCAGCCCCAGCAGGCGCCGCCAUCGUUGUCUCCUCCGAGCGGCCAGGGCGACUGCUUGAGGCAGCUCAUUCCGGUGCAACCCGGCACCAAAGGCAGGAAAAUUCGGGUCGAGAGCAACCAUUUGGCCUUGAAUUUGGGGAAGAUUCUGCAGGCUGUUCACUACGACGUGACCAUCACGCCUGAUACCCCGAAGGCGCUGCUGCGUGACGUCAUGAAUCUUUUCCGGGAUAAGCACUACAAGGGAAGGUACCCGGCCUUCGACGGGAGGAAGAACUUGUACACUCCGACGAAGUUGCCGUUCGGGGAUACGAUCAGCGAUAAGAUUAAGAUCGAGGGGGAGAAUCGGACCAAGGAGUUCAUGGUUGAGAUAAAAUUCGCCCGCACCGUGGACCUGUCGCCCUUGCACGACAUGCUAAGGUCCAAAAAGUCUCCCCAAGAUGCCCUCCAGUGUCUCGACAUCGUCCUUCGUAACGCCCCUUCAAACAACUGCAUCAUAGCUGGAAGAUGUUUCUUCACACCCCCAAGAGACGCAAUAAUUCCGCUAGGGGAAGGCAUGGAGAUGUACUACGGCUUCUACCAGUCGGCCAUCAGGGGAUGGAAACCUCUGCUGAACGUGGACGUCGCCCAUAAAGCUUUUCCGAAAGCUCUAGAACUCCUGGAUCUCAUUUGUGAACUAGGGAGCGACUACAGGUUUACGAUGGAAAGGAAAGAUUUGAGGGGUAGAAUCCACGACAACGUACUAAAAAGCGUUGAAAAGUUCAUCAAACAGUUGAAAGUGAAGUACGAGAUCAAGGGACAGAGUAGCUCGAAGAGGAUCUAUAGAGUUAACGGCUUCGGGGAUUCACCCUCCCAGGCGAGGUUUAAACUAGAGGAUGGCACUACCACCACCGUAGAAAAAUAUUUUGAGAAUGUCAAACGCGUCAAACUCGCCUACCCCCACCUACCGACCGUGUGGGUCGGCGCCAAAGAUCGCGAAAACAAGAUCCUCCUUCCCCUGGAGUACUGCAUGCUCGUGGAGGGUCAAACCGUCAACCGCAAGAUGACCGAGAACCAAACCAGCGCUAUGAUCAAAAAAUCUGCCACGUCGACCGACAUCCGCAAGCAGAAGAUCAUGAAGUCGCUCGACGAAGUCAGGUACAACAACGAUCCGUGCAUUAGGGAGUUCGGUUUUUCGGUCAACAACCAGUUCGAGAGGUUGGACGCUCGCGUGCUCGAGCCGCCCACUUUGAAGUACAAGAACGACGCCACGGUGAAGCCGUCGAGGGGGGUUUGGAGGGCGGACAGACACAAGUUUCUGGUGGGGGCGACGAUCAGACAGUGGACGAUCGCGUCGGCGACGCGUAACCCGCCGAGGGGAAUCGACUCGUUGGCCGAUCAGAUCGCACGCAUGGCCCCCAACGCCGGGAUGAACCUUGAAUCAAGCGCCGUCAAGCCCUUCAUGCACAUCGGCGGCCGCCAGACCCUCAAGGACUUCAUCGAGUACUUCCAGAAUAAGAAGGACUACGACCUCAUCUUCGUCGUGGUCCCCAACAGCGGCUGCAUCUACUCGUACGUCAAGCAAGCCGCCGAACUAAACGUCGGCUGCCUCACCCAGUGCAUCAAAGAGCGCACCCUCAACAAGCUCAACCCGCAGACGGUGGGCAACAUCCUCCUCAAGGUCAACAGCAAGCUCAACGGCACCAACCACGCCAUCAACGGCAACUCGCGCCCGGCCAUCAUGCAGCGCCCUUGCAUGAUCAUGGGGGCGGACGUCACCCACCCCAGCCCCGACGCCAAGGACAUCCCCAGCGUGGCGGCGGUGACGGCGUCGCACGACCCCCAAGCCUUCCAGUACAACAUCUGCUGGCGCCUGCAGCCGCCCAAGGUGGAGAUCAUCGAAGACCUGUGCAACAUCACGCGGGAGCAGCUGCUGUUCUUCUUCAAGAAGAACAACUGCAAGCCGGAGAGGAUCGUCUUCUUCCGGGACGGGGUGUCGGAGGGCCAGUUCCAGGAGGUGCAGCGGGCCGAGAUCUCGGCGAUCCAGAAGGCGUGCAAGUCGUUGCAGAAGGAAGGGUACGAGCCUAAGAUAACGUUUCUGGUGGUGCAGAAACGGCAUCACACGAGGCUGUUCCCGAUGGACUCGAGGGACUCUGAAGAUAGGAAUAUGAACGUGCCGGCGGGGACGUGCGUGGACUCGAUGAUCACGAAUCCGAUGAUGCAGGAUUUCUACUUGGUGUCGCACGCGAGUAUCCAGGGGGUGGCCAAACCGACGAAGUAUUGCACACUGUGGGACGACAACAAACUGAACCAUGACGACAUCGAGGAGUUGACGUACCAUUUGUGUCACAUGUUCACGAGGUGCAAUAGGUCGGUGAGUUAUCCGGCGCCGACGUACUACGCGCAUUUGGCCGCCGCGAGGGCGAAGGUCUACAUCGAGAACGACAAGUUGAAUAUGACGGAGUUGAAUCGGCAUCAGCAGAAUUAUCAGAUCAAGGAGUGCAUUUCCAAGGAUAAGCCCAUGUUUUUCGUCUAGAGUAGGUGCUAUAGUUGCUGGUAGAGGCUGCUUUAUCGUGGAUACAAUCAAUAUGCCUUUGUUAUACUUAUACAGAAUAAAAGUUAUAUAAUA